CCAGCAAUGCUUAGCAUUUGAUAGCAAGGCGGACAUUGUGUGAAGAGGAAACCCUUUUUCUAAUUGCAAAGAGAUUACAUAUGUUUUUCUAAGGGAGUGGCCAUGAAAGAAUAAUCCGCUCGAGAAAUCAUAUUCAGAAAACGGACUGUGCCAUCCAACAUGUCCAAAGUCAGCGUCAAGACAACAUUCGAGGCGUCGCGAAUACUCCGCCCCAUCUAUACAGGAGGAAGCACAUCUUUGGAUUCCACCGGCCGGAUUCUUGCUUCUUGCAUCGGCGAGGAUGCCCUCAUAAUUGACUUGACCACCGGCGACCAAUUGGCCAGCAUCGAAGGAGAUGGAGAACUAAUCACGAACUUAGCUAUUACACCAUCGGCUUCGCAUCUUGUCGUUUGCUCCCGGUCCUUGUCUAUGCGCAUUUAUUCCUUGACCCUCUUCGAUACUGGCAAAAAGGUUAUCGAGGCUAAGUUGCUCAGAAGUAUUAAACCGCACACGUCUCCUGUAGUCACAACCGCCAUCGAUGCGACAGGUACCUUGCUGUCUACUGGAAGCUCCGAUGGGUCCAUCAAGAUUUGGGACAUCAGGGGUGGAUACAUAACACAUACCUUUCACGGACAUGGAGGUGUUAUAUCUGCCCUUUGCUUUUUUGAAGUGAACACUGUCCUCGAUCAAAAGAGAACCCCUAAGUCGACCCAGAAGAAGGACCGAGAGUCGCAGACGGAGAUCGCAACCAUAUCGGCAGAGCUUCGUUUAGCAUCUGGAGACGAAGAAGGAAAGGUCAAAGUCUGGAAUUUGAACAAGAGAAAGGCAAUCGUGACUUUGGAGUCCCAUGUUUCGGUGGUCCGAAGUUUAUCUUACUCCAAGCCCGAAGGGACAUUACUUUCAGCCUCUCGCGAUAAGACUGUCAUCCUAUGGGACGCUUCAACAUGGAAGAGUCGCCGAAUAAUCCCCGUUAUGGAAAGUGUGGAAACUGCAGGGUUUAUUUCUGACUCUUCCCUUCUUUAUGUUGGGGGUGAGAGAGGAAUGUUGCGCAUCUGGGACGGAAAUAGAGGAGGGGAAAUUACACUUGCUCAAGAAGAAGGCUCAGAACUUGAUGCCAUUGUCGCCACUGAAUAUUCUCAAGAAUUACCAUUCAUAAUGACUGUUCAUGCUGAUCAAACACUGCGGUUGCAUUCUAUUACGCCUUUGACAGAUUAUAAACAAGGGUCUAUCAUAUCACCAUUGCCCGUCAUAAGGCGAAUCUCUGGGAAUGACGAUGAAGUGAUUGAUUUAGCUUACGUCGGGCCAGACAGGUCACUUCUAGCCAUGGCGGCUAACACGGAGAGUAUCCGGAUUGUUUCUAUUGAGGAUUCGACAAAUACUGGCGAUGACAUCGAAGACGGCCCUGGGUAUUUUGGGGCAGAUGUGACAUAUUUAGAAGGCCACGAUGACAUUGUUAUCUGUCUCGAUGUCGAUUGGUCUGGCCAUUGGCUUGCUACUGGCGCAAAAGACAAUACAGCCCGCCUUUGGCGUCUUGAUCCUGAUACAUCUUCAUAUACUUGUGCAGCCGUUUUCACUGGUCAUGCAGAGUCAUUAGGGGCGAUUGCUUUGCCUCGCACUCCUCCCCCAGUUGGCUCUAAAGCACAUUCGGACCCUUUGAAUCACCCGCCGGCUUUCCUUUACACUGGUUCCCAAGAUCGAACAAUCAAAAGAUGGGAUAUAGGAAAAAUGAGUGAGGCUCAACUAAGAUCUCCCAAAGCAACAUAUACUAGGAAGGCCCAUGAAAAAGACAUCAACUCAUUGGAUGUUAACCAUAAUGCCACGUUAUUUGCCUCUGCAUCCCAAGAUCGUACUGUGAAGAUCUGGUCAGCCGAGGAUGGGACUUCAAUUGGCAUAUUGCGUGGCCAUAAACGAGGCGUAUGGUCGGUUCGGUUCUCUCCUAAAAACAUGCCUAUCAUAAACACAAAUGCUGGUACGAGUACCACUCGUGGUUUGGUGGCAACGGGAUCUGGUGACAAAACCGUCAAGAUCUGGAAUCUAACCGACUUCAGCUGUCUCCUAACUUUUGAAGGCCACACAAAUAGUGUCCUAAAAGUUGUUUGGCUUCCACCUCCUCAUUUAUCCACUGAAGACAAUAAGGAUGAUACAGAUGUAGCGAGCAGAAACCAGGCCGCGGUUCGGCCUCUUCUUGCUUCGUCUGCUGCUGAUGGAUUGGUCAAAGUAUGGUCUCCCUACAGUGGAGAGCUAGAAACCACAUUAGACAACCAUACAGAUCGUGUCUGGGCGCUUGCCUGUCCAACACCGUCUGGUUCUCGUGAAGAUGUCAAGUCUUCAGAAAAAGACCCGGAUUUUGCUUUGAUUUCAGGGGCUGCAGACUCUACCGUCACAUUCUGGAAGGAUACAACAUCUGCUGCACUUACAGCAGCAGUAUCAGCCAACUCGGCUCGCAUUGAACAAGAUCAGCAGCUUCAGAAUUACAUUCGCGCGGGUGCUUAUAGAGAAGCCAUCACAUUAGCUCUCCAACUCAACCACCCAGCCCGAUUGCUCUCGCUAUUCACGACUGCUAUCGAAGAAGCUGAUGGAACUUCGGAAACUGACGACAUCGACGAGAAUAAGAUUAUUCUGACUGGAAACAGCUCCGUAGAUACGGUCUUGCAGUCUCUUGAUCAUGAUAACCUUUACAUGUUACUUCUCCGCAUCCGGGAUUGGAAUACCAAUGCUCGCACAGCGAAAGUCUCUCAGCGUAUUCUCUAUGCUUUAGUUCGGUCAUAUCCGGCUUCCACGUUUGUCGAACUCGCUAGUCGUCCGCCACCAGCAGCAGCGCAGGGCAAACGAAGCUCGAAGUUUGCCAGUAGCACAGCGCUGAAAGAGGUUUUCAGUGUGCUGUCAGCUUAUACGGAUCGUCAUUAUCGUCGAGUCGAGGAACUGGUUGACGAAAGCUAUCUUGUCGAAUGGAUUCUCGAUGAGAUGGAUGGUGGUGUUCGAUUAGUCUCGGGUUCGUCUGCAACUAACGAACCUGAUCAUGAGAACGAUGUGAUUAUGCUAGAGGCCUAAGAAGUUUGCUGUGUGUGUUUACAGGAGUUUUACAUGUAUAGAUAGCGGUUCUGGUCAUCCCUUUACUGAGAAAAGCAUGGUUUGUUCAAUUUAUCAAUGAUAUUAACAGUUAAGUCUGUGAUUAAUUUUUUGCGA